GAGAGAGCAGGUUCUUUUUUUCCUCGUUUCCUCCUCUCCUGUCGUCCGCCUCCCAGUGUGGAUCUACCGGUUUGUCCAGCUCAGCCGUUAAUUUGUGACUGAACGAACGAGCGAGCGAGUGAGCACAGGCUUCUCAUUUUUGGACUAACAAACAAUAAAGGGUUUGGCAUCGGCCACAAACCAAAGGACAUUACUAAAGACAGGCACAGACGGGAGCAAGGGACACAGAGAGAGAGAAAAGAGAGAGAGAGAGAGAGAGAGAGAGAGAGAGAGAGGGGAGAUAUUGGAUGUGAUGGUCAGAGUGCUUUGCCGAUAGGGAUGAUCAGUGCCUCUGUUUGCCUGCACUGAUACUGAAGGAAGAAGGGAUCUGACCGAAGGAAGAACGGACCUGAUAGAAGAGAGACGUUUUCUCAGUGCACACCACAGGAAAGGGAGGAUGACAGAACGUCUACCAGCUCUUUCCUAGAGAAAUGUCAGCGUCCAGUGGUGCAAGCACCAGCAGCAGUAGCCACGACAACCUCCCCCACCACGACAGCAGCAUCGGCAGCGUUGCCUCGGCAACCAUCUCCGGCGACGACUCCUCCCAGCGCCCCCCGGCCCCUCCCGUGCGGGUGGCCAGCGGACUGCGGGACUCGUCCUCCUCCUCGGCGACCACCUCCUCCUCCUCAUCCUCUUCCUCCUUCAGCUCCUCACUGGUGGCCGCCCCCCUCCCUGUGACCAAACCGUUGCCCAUGGCGCCCGAGGAGAAGAACCGCAAAGCCCGGCUGAGGUCCAUCUUCCCUGGGGGGGACAAGUCGAACAAGAAGAAGGAGAAGGAGAGGCCAGAGAUCUCCCUACCGUCCGAUUUUGAACACACCAUUCAUGUGGGCUUUGAUGCCAUCACUGGGGAGUUCACGGGUAUACCGGAGCAAUGGGCGCGCCUCUUGCAGACGUCCAACAUCACAAAGAUGGAACAGAAGAAGAAUCCGCAAGCCGUCAUCGACGUUCUGAAGUUCUAUGAUUCAAAAGAUACCACCAGCAAUCAGAAAUACAUGAGCUUCACCUCGGGAGAUAAAUCAGCACAAGGUUAUAUGGCUACAAACACCCUGAAUCGGCUGUUGUCCUCUGGUCCACCUGUGAGUCUCAGGAGUUGCAGUACUCUCUUUGAUAAGGGUGCGAAGCUGACGUCCGACUCCCCCCUGGCCCCCCCGGUGUCGGAGGAGGAAGCAGAUGAUGAUGAUGAUGACGAUGAAGACGAGGAUGAUGAUGAGGAAGAAGAAGAUGAUGAUGAUGAAGUCCCUCCUGUCAUCGCCCCGCGACCAGAACACACUAAGUCGAUUUACACACGCUCUGUCCUGGACACCUCGUCUAACGCACACACACUCUCUCCGGCGGCACACCCCCCUCCAAUCCCAGAGGACCCCUCCCCCCCAGAGUCAAAGGUGGAGCCUGACGUCACGUCGACGACGGCCACAUCCAGCGCCCUCUAUCGCCAUACCGACCGCCAGAGAAAGAAAUCAAAGAUGACUGAUGAGGAGAUACUAGAGAAGCUCAGGAGUAUCGUGAGUGUUGGUGACCCCAAGAAGAAGUAUACUCGUUUUGAGAAGAUUGGCCAAGGAGCUUCCGGAACUGUCUACACAGCGAUAGACAUUGCUACUGGACAGGAGGUGGCUACAAAGCAGAUGAACCUCCUGCAGCAGCCCAAGAAGGAGCUGAUCAUCAACGAGAUCCUGGUCAUGAGGGAAAACAAGAACCCAAACAUCGUCAACUACCUGGACAGUCUAGUUAGCUACGAGAAUUGGUUAGCUGUUCUCCACAGUAACCAAGUGAUUCAUCGUGAUAUAAAAAGUGACAACAUUCUCCUGGGAAUGGAUGGAUCUGUUAAACUGACGGAUUUCGGCUUCUGCGCCCAGAUCAGUCCAGAGCAGUCCAAGCGGAACACCAUGGUAGGCACACCCUAUUGGAUGGCUCCCGAGGUUGUGACCCGGAAGAGCUACGGCCCAAAGGUCGACAUCUGGUCACUCGGCAUCAUGGCCAUAGAGAUGGUGGAGGGAGAGCCACCGUAUCUGAAUGAAAAUCCCUUAAGGGCUCUGUAUCUCAUAGCCACAAAUGGAACGCCGGAACUGCAGAGUCCGGAGCGGCUGUCGUCCGUGUUCCGAGAUUUCCUGAAAAGGUGUCUGGAGAUGGACGUGGAAAGGCGAGGAUCGGCGAAAGAACUGCUGCAGCACUCAUUCCUGAAGCUAGCGAAGCCCCUGUCCAGCCUAACCCCACUCAUCAUAGCAGCCAAGGAGGCCAUCAAGAACAGCAGCCGUUAGCUGCCUGCUAACAAACAGUAAACGACACCAACGGACAGCGGCACAUGCUAACAGCUAAGAACUGCUGGCUAUUGAUGAGGAAAGGCUGCUAUUGCUAUCAGCAAGCUGGCAGCAGCAGAAUACUAUGCGAACAGAUGGCUGAGAACAUGAAAAAGAUAGCUGCUAUCGUUAACUGCUAACAGUUACGGCCAAUGGUUUAGUCGUGCAUAUAUUAGCGAAAAAGACAUUACCACCAAUCGCUACCGGAAAGCAACAACUCUGACAUGUGCAUACUGUUAGCUGUUAUCGCUAACAGCUAACUACCAGCAGCUAACAAUAAUGGUUACAUUUUUGUGGAAGAUUUUUGGGUAGCCUCUCUAACAGCCAAUGAGCUGUGGACACAAACAGACUGAUGCUCUAGUAAAUGGCUACCAGCUUCUCAAGGUGUAUGUGGAGGUCCACCCAAUGGUAGAGAAAACCACACACACACACACACACACACAAACACACACACACACACACACAGUCCUGCUCAAACCCCCAGACACACACACUAAAGAAAUGGAUGCUAAAAAAUAGCCUUCUUAAUUCGUUCCUCAAUAUAAAGUAUAGGCCUACCUGCAUGAAUUCUGUUCAACCAUAUACUAUUACAAGAAGUGUGUGUGUGUGUGUGUGUGUGUUUGUGUGUGUGUGUGUGUGUUUGUUUAUGUGUGUGAGUGUCCGCACACACGUCUUUGUGUUUCCAACCACUUUUGUUUUGUUUUGUGUGUGUGUGUAAGUCUUUUUAGGCUUCUUGUCUUAACAUCUUACUAUUUAUUUUCUUGGCUGUAUUUAUUUGUUUUGUGCUGCAUGUGUCUGUGUGUGUGUGUGUGUGUGUGUGUGUGUGUGUGUGUGUGUGUGUGUGUGUGUGUGAGAUAGAGAGAGUUGGGUGAGCAUAUUUGUGUGUUGAGUAGUGGGCUACCUCAUGAUUUGGUGCUGUGAAUGCUGGAGUUGGGUAUUUACUUACCUCAGCUUUGCGAUCCAUGUGUAUAUGUGUGUGUGUGUGUGUGUG